AUGGAGUCAUCAAGAUUUCAACUUGUUGCCCUUUUCGUCAUCUUCUCUCUCGUUAUUUCUGCCAAAUCUCAAGGAGAUGAUAUAUUGGAGGGACCGUGCCGCUUGAGGGGAACGUGCAAACAGGACAGCGACUGUGACGUUCAUUGCCAUCGAAAGACCGACCCUCCAGGCAUGGGCGGCCACUGCAUCUUGGCUAGACCCGCUGGUCCCGUUUGCUGCUGCCUUUUUGAUUAAUCCGAUAUCAUUUUUAAUUCUUUAUCCAUGAUCAAUAUUUUUAGCAAUAGACAAAAGUCCCCUGAUCAAAUAAGUUCUUAAUUUAUUUACGU